AUGAAGCUGGUGCAGCAGUUGGGCAGUGUUGAUCUGCUCAAUGAAGUUGAGAAGAAGGAGGUCAGCAGUGUGCUGCACAAAUGCCUCAGCACACGACUGGAGGCAUGCGACAAGGAAGUGUCGCAAGUGAUCCUCCUGCAGGAUCUCGCUGUCCGUGGCAUCGCCUUCCACCACUUCGGCAUGAUGCCUCUUCUCAAGUAG